AUGGGCAGCUCAAAGAAGCCUACACGAGCACAAGAACACCAAAAGUCUAAUCGACAGUUGCUCCCCAGAAACCUCCAAAAAUCAGAACAUGAGCCUCAAUACGCGCCACUCGAUGUCUCCGACAUCCCCAGGGCAGCCUUAACAUCAGUCGCGUGCAACAACUGCCGCGUCCGGAAAUCAAAGUGUGAUGGUCGUAAACCAACAUGUUCGGCCUGCGCGAGCCGAAGACAGCACUGUGUAUAUCGUGCCGAGGUUUCUCAGGAGAAGAUGACGGAGCUGAGAAAGUGCUCUAAAGAUCUCUUUCAGGCACUGGAGCUCUUGAGAACUGCCCCUGAUGAACACGCUCAAAAUCUGCUGGAGAGAUUGCGCAGCAGCGAUUCUGUGUCGGAAUUCUUGCAAGUUCUUGACUCAGGCACCAUGAAGCCACCUUCACCAACCGACCCUCUAGCCACCAGUCUCGCGGCAACUUCAGCCGAUUCAACAAUAGAGCUAGACCUAAACAUGCGAUUUUCUGGCGUAUUCCCUAUGCUGGAAACUCUCGAUAUCAAGGACGUAGAUCUUGGUCUACUGGCAGUUAACAAACGGGCCCUGACAUCUUCGAAUCAACAGGCGGCAGCACCUUUGACACCUUUUACUCCAAUAGAGUUUGGUCAAAGAUCGGAGACACCGACGACUUCUGAAACCUUCUCAACACCAAGCGACACCACUGGAGAUACUGGCGUUGACUCUCGGCUAGAAUCUCUUCAAAUAUGGCAGUGGACUUCAGUACCUAUACCCGAAAACCUGGCUGCGCAAGUUAUAUCUUUCUAUCUAGUCAACGAACACCCUGUACUAUCAUUUUUCGACGCCGAUUUAUUUAUUCGAGACUUCGUGGCAGGCGGAGGUCGCUUCUGCUCACAACUUCUCGUCAGCUCACUUCUUGCCUGGGCCUGUGCCUCCUAUUCUCAGUUUGAGCCACGAGCUCAAACACUCUCUCUUGCAUUUUUGAGAGAGGCUAAGAGACGAUGGAAAGAUUUGACAGACCAUAAUGCUCUCACUACGUUAUCAUCGGCAAUGCUUCUUGUCCUUACUUGUAACCAGCAUGGACAAGACAAAGUUGGUCUAUCCUACCUUGACGCCAGUGUACAAAUAGGUCGAGGACUUGGUUUAUUCAGCGAUGAUGGAACAUCGGUACCUGAUUUUAACGACGACAGUGAAACAAGGACAGCAGCAACAUUUGCCGCUUGGGGCACCUUUGGUUGGCACAGUCUCCACUGUAUCAACUUCCGAGCAAAACACCGAAUACGACAUCCGCCAUCUUUGCCUAUACCAGGAGAUGUGUCUGGGCCGCCCCUGAAUGAGCAUAUGGGAAGCACUUUCACAUGGAUAUCCAAGUUCUGGGUCAUCAUACACCAAGCAUUUCGUGAAGGCUAUAACCACUUUAGUCGUCUACCGAUGUCACACGCACAUCAGAUGUAUCGACUGUUACUUGACUGGGCCAGUAUCCUUCCAGAGGACGUACAGAGGAGUGAAACCUGCCCCCACCAUGUUCUCUUACUACAUAUUUGGUACCACACAGCAGUAAUAGACAUGUGGCGCCCAUUUCUCGGUCGUAGAAGCUAUGAAGACGCUGGUGGAAGUGAACUUGCCACUGCCACUCACGAAGCAUCCGUCCAUCAACUCAAACGGCUUAUAUAUCUGUACAGGAAACGAUUCGAGUCAACGAAUCUUACCAUGUUCAUGACCCCCGGACUUCUCACACUCAUCAAUGAAGUCUUUCGAAACCCCGGUACAUCCGACGCUCAAUUCUACUUCAUGUUGGCCGCGCGCGGAUGCCUGUCGAUAGCAUCUUGGUGCAGGGGCCUGCGAGGCAUCACAGAAGGCUUGAUGACAAUAGGUUGGCAAAACGGAACCUUCAAACGUGAAGGAUGGACAAACAACAGCAUGAUUGAGGACAUCAGAGCUACAACACGGGCGCUCAACCAAGAGGGCACCUAUAGCAGCCUUUACCCAAUCAAUCUCGAUUCAACGAGCGAGAGCAUGGACGACAUCGGCAUGGAAGCCUUGGCGGGCGAGUUUCAGAGGCUGAGUUCAAAACAUGAGCCUACGCGCGGGAAAGAAGUUGAGAUGACGAGUGAGCCUAACGUCUGGAAGGGAGAUCAGCGAGACUUGGACUUGACGUUGACUGAAGCGACGGAAGAGGAGGAAUAUACUUAG